AAGCAGCUUAUGGAAAAAGACUUUGUAAUUCAAUGGCAAGAAGUAUGGUUAGAAAUUAAUUCAAGAUUGGGUGGCGAGUAGGAGGUUUAACGCCAUACUGACUACUAUUUAUUUCCUCCUCAUUGAAUUGGGUAUUGGAUUUUAGGAGCUACGAAAAUGGCCUGGUUAACUCGUUUUGUCGUGAUGGUUGUAUUUCUAGCUCUCGGCAUAGUGGUAUCUCCAGAAACGUUUGGAUCAAAAUCUGCAGGUCAAGCGGGACCCUCUGCAGCAGUUGGAGGGUAUUUUGCUGUAGCAUUGAAAUUGGCCCAUUUGCUGAGUUUUGCCACAGCUUGGGGAUCAGCACUGUGGGUAACCUUCAUUGGUGGGAUCAUCAUGUUCAGGACACUGCCUAGGCAUCAGUUUGGUAAUCUGCAAGGAAAAAUGUUUCCUGCCUACUUUUCUAUGGUAGCUGUGUGUGGGGCAAUUUGCCUUGCAGCAUUCAGUCUGAUGCAUCCCUGGGCUUCUGCCUCUUCUGUGGAAAAAUUUCAAACGGGGUUGCUGGUAUCUUCUCUGGUGUUUACUCUCACCAAUAUAUUCAUUUUCAUGCCGAUGACAAUGGAUAUGAUGAGGGCCAGACACAAGAUUGAACGAGAGGAAAAUAUUGGAAAUGAGGUGGGAUUGACAAAGAACCACGAAGUAGCAAAGCGUAAUCCGAAAUUGGCAGAAAUAAACAAAAAGUUUGGCAUGAUUCAUGGCUUAUCAUCGCUGGCAAACUUGCUGUCUUUUGGUGGCCUUGCCAUGCAUUCUUGGUAUCUAGCUGAUCGUCUUCUUCUGUAGCUGCAAGUUGUUUCUAUUAUGUAUUAGUUUCAAUUUCAGCCCUCUGGAAACCAUUUUGAUGACCAUAAAUAUAAAGUUUAUAAUCCUCUGAACUAAAUACAUAGUCAAGAUUUUCUUCCCUUGAUUUGUUAAGGGCAUGUUAUCUUUGACUUCACAUCUAAUUUUUGAAAACUGAGAAUGAAUCAGGCAAUAAGUAAAGCAACGUUAGCUCUUA